UGUUUUAGAAAACUCCCGAAUCUAACAAGGGAAAUCAAAACAAGAAGCACUAAUUUUCAUUUCUCUACAAUGUACGUUGGAGUUAUCCUAACUGGACGGAGCUUUGUGGAUUUCCUGAUUUAAAGAACUAAAUAUUUCAGCACCUCCUUCCCAACCUGGCUGAUCAUUUACAGUGCUCCAAUCUCCAUUGCCUAGAGCAAUUCCCAGUUCCAGCUGCUGGUUUAAGGUCUCUAUGUACUGUUUGCUACCUAGUGGACAGGCAGAGGGACCAUGGAGCACAUCGUGGAAGAAUGCUAUGAACUUGAUCUCACCUAUAUCACAGAACGCAUCAUUUCAGUUUCUUUUCCAAGAAGUUCCUCAGAAGAGGCUUACAUCCAUAACCUACAGGAUGUUACGUGCAUGUUGAAAUCAAAACAUGGAGACAGUUAUUUGGUUUUGAAUCUAUCCGAAAAAAGAUAUGAGCUUUCCAAACUCAACACUGAGGUCAUGGAUGUGGGUUGGCCAGACUUCCAUGCUCCCCCACUAGAUAAGAUGUGCACUAUCUGUAAAGCUAUGGAGUCUUGGUUGAACAGUGACCCUUUACAUGUGGUUGUAAUUCACUGCAGAGGUGAAAGGGGAAGAAUAGGAGUUGUCAUAUCAUCAUAUAUGCAUUUUACCAAUAUUUCUGCAAGUGCUGACCAAGCUCUUGAUCGCUUUGCCAUGAAGAAAUUUAUUGAUGAUAAAGUAUCAGUAUUACUUCAACCAUCCCAGAAAAGAUAUGUUAAUUUUCUGAACGAACUUCUAUCUGGAUUGGAAAAAAUGAAUGUGAUGCCUCUCUUCUUGCAUUCAGUUAUUCUCCACGGCAUUCCAAAUUUUGAUUCAGCAGACAGGUGUCAAUUCUUCCUAAAGAUCUACAUUGCCAUGCAACCUGUGUAUACAUCAGGAAUUUACCUUGUUGGCCCAGAAAACCAGGGUAAAAUCUAUAUUGAAAUUGAACCAGCCCAGCUUAUCAAGGGAGAUAUUAUGCUCAAGUGUUAUCAUCCGUCUGUCACACGUGAUCUUGUUUUCAGACUACAGUUUCAUACGGGGGCUAUUCAUAGCCAUCGGGUGAUAUUUUGCAAGGAGGACCUGGAUCAUGCUAAUAUUGAUGACAGAUUCCCUGAAUAUGGGAGAAUAGAACUGGUAUUUUCGGGAGGUCCUGAAAAAAAUCCAGAAAACUUUUAUAACAACCAGGGAGUAACAAUUGACUACAAUACCUCUGAUCCUCUAAUAAGAUGGGAUUCAUAUGAAAAUACAAACAUUGUCAGUGAAGGCUUCUCACACACACAGGGGCCUCUUGAUGGUAGUUUGUAUGCCAGAGUGAGAAAGAAGAGUACAUCAAAUGGAAUUACUACCGUUGCUGGAUCUGGUUUUCCUCUGACCAGGAGUCCUGACCACAGUGAACACUCUUUGUCUGUAAGCAGUGAUUCUGGUCAUUCCACUGCUUCUAUAAAGAACAGAGUGACAGCCGAAAAAUCUGGAUCCAUAAGCAAAAAAGGUUUAAGCCCACAAGAAAAAGUAGAACUGGAUCAACUGCUGAGUGGUUUUGGAGUAGAAAGCACAAUGUGUUCGUUAAAGAACAUAGCUGACGGUCAAAGCAACUAUGGUGGCGUUGAGAGAAUGAUCUCAGCUCGGAUUUAUGUAAAUGGAGAUGCCAAACUUAAAGACAGAGAAACGGACAUUCUAGAUGAUGAAAUGACAAAUAAUGAUUUGAAUAGUGUGGACAGCCUAGGUACUUUAUCAUCAUCCGAGGGUCACCAUUUUAAUAAUAUUGGAAAUUUCAGCUGUCAUGAGAGUAGUCAGAAUUCUUUGCUGUCUGAUGGCUUUAGCAACAAAAUUGGUGAGGAUCGCCAUGACGUAUUAACAUUGGAUUUUGGUGUGCCUGUGGAUUCCAUGUAUGAAAGAUCAUUUGCUGAUAGACAACUAAAACCAGUUUAUCUACCGCCUACCCAAGCCCCUGCCUAUGCACAAAGUAACUACUCUACUCAGUCUUGGGUACGUCAACAACAAAUGGUUAGUUCUCAUCGGUACGGUUAUUCGGCUGAUAAUGAACUUAUGUAUAACAUGCAUAGUUCUCUAGAGACUUCUAACAUUCCCAAUACACCAAAAGCCUCUGUGAUUCAAAAUAAGGGAUUCCCAUGUGAAAACAAAAUAACAGGUACUUUGGAAACAGAUUUGUCAGACUCUGUUCAAGACCAGGUUCCAAAGUGUAUUGAACAUAUAAUGCUGGAAAAGGAAACAAUAAAUCAAACAGAGAUAACAAACCAUGAUUUUCCCUCUUCUCCUACGCUGGAUAUAGACCAGUCAAUCGAACAGCUAAAUAAAUUAAUCUUGGAGCUGGAUCCAACAUUUGAGCCCAUUCCAACAAGAAUAAAUACAAGUUCUACUGUUGAAAGUUCCCUAAAUGCUAUUUUAAGUGGUGAUCUUGAGAAAGAUGGUAUACUCCUGCAAAGUCCUUUAGAAGCAAAGCAAGGGGGUGACAGCUUCCAAGAAGGUUCAAAAAAAGGCAGUGCAUCACUGGCAGCUGCCAGAAAACUGAGUUUUGGGCAGUAUGAUAAUGGUAACACAGACCCCCUGCAAUACUGCAGUUAUGGCUGGAAGACAUCCCCUGAACAGAUUGCCUCGACAAAAACCUUGCCCCUUAUUGGACAUUCAAAAGAGGGCCACACUCUUCAUUACCAGGGACAGUAUGAUGAAGUAGAUAAUAUCUUUUCAAGGAGUUCUCAAGGAGUUGAGACUGUUCCUCCAACACCUUCUUUUCCAGUAUCACCAGACACACCAUAUGUCAGAACUCAUCUCAGUUAUUCUCAGCCACAUGAAGAAGGAUAUCAUACACCCCAUUUGACAGAAAUACUUCAUUUAGGUGGUGAUACUUCAAAUUAUAGUGAAAGCCGUCACCAGACAGUGCUGGAAUCUGUUACUUCAAGUGACUUAAACUCUUCCUUGUGUAUGACUGAAAUGCAGAGACCAACAGUUCCAAAGCUGUCCAAUGCUGUGUUCUCCAGAAGAGAUGACUGUUCUUUGGAUAAUGAAAAUUUCUGGCUAGAAAAUUCCCCCACUCCCUUGUUGUCCUCACAGCCAUCUCUGAAGAGCAGAUCUCAAGUGAAUUGCCCGCUAUCAACAGAAUAUCCUAAUCCAAUGGUAGAGAAAUCAGUACUGACUCAGGAAACAACACUUAGCCUUGAGGCUCUUACAAUAUGCAAUCCAGAAUUUGCAUCAUCAAACUCUCAAGAUAUCCUUGCAAACCCACAUCUAUACUUGAACUUUGAUGGUACUGGUAAUAACCUGCCUUUGUUGGAUGAGAGACAUGUAGCAUUUAUGUCCAGUACCAAGGGUUCACCAAAAGUUGGAAGAUCAGCUGACUCUGCAAUUAACAGCAAAGAACAAAGAAGUCCAUUCCUACAACGUUCAGGAAAAAAAAAAUAUUCACAUCCUCCUCUUCCAGAGAAAAAAAGAAUAUCUGAAGGAGAACAUUCAUUUGGUUCUAUCUCUCCAUCUUCCAGUGGUUUUUCAAGUCCCAACAGUGGUAGUACAAUCAGCAUUCCAUUUCCCAAUGUCCUUCCAGACUUUUCUCAAGUAAUAAGUGAAUUUCCAGUUUCAGAAAAUUCUUCAGAUAAGCAUAUGACAGUGAAAUUUGUCCAAGAUACUUCUAAGUUUUGGUAUAAACCAGACAUUUCAAGAGAUCAAGCUAUUGCAGUUCUAAAGGACAAAGAACCUGGCUCUUUUAUUGUAAGAGACAGCCACUCUUUCAAAGGAGCUUAUGGCCUUGCCAUGAAAGUUGCUACUCCUCCUCCAUCUGUAUUGCAUAGUAGCAAGAAAGGUUUGGAUUUGACAAAUGAACUUGUCAGGCACUUCUUGAUUGAAUGUGUUCAUAAGGGAGUGAGAUUAAAGGGAUGUCCAAAUGAACCAUAUUUUGGUAGUUUGACAGCCCUGGUUUAUCAACAUUCCAUUACUCCACUGGCGCUACCUUGUAAAUUACUUAUACCAGACAAAGAUCCACUGGAAGAAAUUCCUGCAGCAACACCCCAGUCAGCUGCCAAUUCUGCUGCUGAAUUGCUGAAGCAAGGUGCUGCGUGCAAUGUUUGGUAUCUCAAUUCCGUGGAAAUGGAGUCACUUACUGGAUACCAAGCUGUGCAGAAGGCUUUAUCUAUAACACAGCUUCAGGAGCCACCUCCCAUCUCAACUGUAGUCCAUUUCAAGGUGUCUGCACAAGGAAUCACUCUAACUGAUAAUCAAAGAAAGUUGUUUUUCCGAAGACAUUAUCCAGUAAACACUGUGAUUUUCUGUGCUCUGGAUCCACAAGACAGGAAGUGGACAAGAGAUGGACUUUCUGCAAAAGUUUUUGGCUUUGUGGCGAGGAAGGGCGCGGGCAACCACAACAUUUGUCACCUCUUUGCAGAACAUGACCCAGAACAACCUGCUAGUGCCAUCGUAAACUUUGUGUCAAAAGUCAUGAUUGGCUCACAAAAGAAAAUGUAAAAACUCUUUCAGGAGAUGUUGGUUGGGGACUGAAAAAUGGUACCGUGAACCAUUUUCUUUUUAACAUGCAGUCUAAAAUGGACCUUAAGGAACUUACAAGGCUGAAACUAUUUUUAAUCUGAUUGAUAUUUUUCAUUUGGUGAUGCCUUACAUUAACUACAUUUUAAGUAAAAAAACAAAAAAACUUAUUUAGCUUUUCAGGAUUUUUUGAGAAAUUUGACUUAUCAAGCCAAUGCAGUUGUUUGGGGAAAAUUAAGUUAAUAUCUAUUUUCAUAUUUAAAUAGCACUAUGUUUUUUUUUAACUACAAUUGCUAUAACUUUAUUCAUUUUAUGUACUCUAAUAUGUUCAUUGACCAGGAUUGGAAAACAACUCUGACAUUUCUUCUCAAGAAAUUGGUAUUCAUAUUGGAACCAGAGCCAUCUCGGGUUUUUCUUUUUAGUUAACAGAUGCUCUUCACUCUAUUCUUUUGUACUUCAUAGGUUUUACAGAAAAAUAUACUUAUGGUAAACACUAGGUCAUGAGUUGUAUUCAUUUAUAAUUUCUGCAUAUUAGCCAUUUAUUCUUUUAAUAAAAUGGAGGAUUAACCCCACUUUUUAUUUGGGUUUAAGCAUUUGGAAAGUUAAAGUAUGUCAUUCUGAAAUGUUACGUGCAUGUUUUUGGGGGAGCUUUGAUAAUGAGUUGUUGUUUUUAUUAAUAUGGUAACAGAGGUAUAUUUUCAGUGAAGGUAUCCUGUGUGUAUUGAAGGUAGCUUUGGUUAAAGCAGUAAUGUGCUUGAAUUGCCCAAGGAUUUCAAGGAAAAUUAAUUGAGAAUUCUUUAAUAGAACAUCAUUAAACAGCAUUUUUAUGUUUUCACAACCAAACAUAGCUGAUGUAUUGUAAUAUCCUUUGAUUGUGUCCAUAACCGAGUCCUAGAACCCAUUAAUAUACUGGAUGAUCUUGCGUGGGCACCACAAUUGCCUUUCUCCAAGUAAGCGUGGAGACACGCUGUGGAGCUCUUCAGGCAGCCUGGUAGCACACUGCAGAAAUCCACCUCUAAAAACCCUCCUCCCAAGAUUCAAAUCCUUACCCACAAAAUCCAGCUGAAAAGCUGUAAACUUUAACCCUUUGCAGACCAUGGGGUUUCUUAAUUUUCUUUGACACUUGGCAGUAAAAUCCAUUCCGAGACAAACCCUGUAAUGUAAAAUAUACACCACCAGAGCAAUAGUACUUUUUUGUUUUUUUUUUAAGCUGGUUAGGUUUUGCUGUAUGUGGCAUGUGAAAGAUCUAUGUACAGUACAUUUGCAAGGUGUGCUUCUCACUAGGCUUGUAAAUAUGUAAGUUUGUGGAGAAAACCCAGGACAAGCCACCACUGUAGUAAUUCUUCUUUUUUAAUACUUGAAACAGAAAAGUGUGCUCAACUUUUCUCCUGCUGCCGAAUGGUUUUGGAAAUAUUAAAUGCAUCAGACACCUUUUUCACCCACCCUGUCAGAAUAUUGUACCACCUCAUAAAAUGUGACACUUAAUGGAAUCCAGUUUAAACUAAUAUACCAUUGCUCAACACAAGACUGAAAAUAUUAGCAUUAAUGUGAGCCUGCACUAAGCUAUUCUUCCAAGAUGCUGGCUAACAGCUAACAUGGAUAUAUGGGUAUUCACAUUUAUACCAUGUGCAUUGAUUAUAAAUAAGGCUUUCCAAACAAUGCAAAAACAGUUUCUUAAAACUGAAACACGCUGAUGGCAAAUUACAAUUGAUAGACUGGAAAGUUUAUUAGUUACUAGUUAAGACUAAGUGCAGCUUGGCUAUGAGGGGAAAAACUAAGUUCACUCGCUAUAAUACUAUUUUGAUGUAGAUUUAGAUCUCCUUAAGUGAGAUGGCUUAGUUUGCUGUAAUUAAAUAAUCUACUUGAUGAAUCUAGAGUAUGUAUUGACCUCUAAAGUGGCCUUGUGGACAAAAUGGUUUUGUUUCUAACCCAGCUAAAAUAGCUUCUUUUAAUCUCUGUGUGACAAAGUUGAAAAUCCUGUGUUUUUGUUUGUAUCUUUCUUUUCUAGCUCUCUUAUAAUAACAGUGUAAUAAUUAAAGUACUUCUGUACCCUUUUCUGCUGAAUUGUGCUCCGUACAGGAGAGCAGCUAUGUACAGGCUACUAGAAGAUUUAUGUUUUUGCCUCUGUUAAUGCUUUGUAUCGAGUUGCCCUUUGCAUUCUGCUUGCCAUGUCCCUGGCCACUAGCCCAGCAACCCAGUUGACAUUUUACCACUACAGGCGGUCUGAUAGAGGUGAUAAGGACUGUUGUGGGCAGCCAGCCUAAGUACGACACUGUCUGUAAUAGCUGCACAGAUGAUAUGAAAGAAAACUUCUGGAAAUAUACAACUCACCAUUUAAACACACUUAUUUUACUUACAUUUAUAAUUCUGUAUGUGAAGCCUUCUAAAUUUUAACUUCUACAUAAUAUGCAAAAUACAAUCAGAUCAAUUUUUCUCUUCCACCAUUGAUCAUAGAAGAUUAUUUUUAUUUCAAUGCUCAAAUGUUUUUCUUAUACUUGUGGACCAAACUGGGGAAAGUUUCUUUUUAAACGGGCAAUAUACCAACCUUUUUCAUAAGCUCAUUCAGUUGGGCGUAUGUAGAAAUAGUACAUAAACAAUAUCUGAAUUUCAUUGCAUUGCAUUGUACUGUGAGCCUAAGGGUACCUGGUCCCAAAUUGAGAGACUAUAAUGGUUUCCUUUUAAUCUAUGAAUAUGUCUGUGUUAAAAGUUCAGAUCCAUAUGCCUAAUUAGAUGAGCUCAUAUCAAAGAGGAGGCAUAUUUCUCUUUUAACUUUGACAUGCUUUUAUGGUGUGCACAUUUAAUGGUAUAUUACCAUAUUUUGUAUGAAAUAUUUUAUGAUGUAGUACAUAAAACUAUAAAUUUAAUAAAUGUGUAUCAGAAUUGAUUUUCAUACUAAAGAUAUAUUGAUGACAGCACUUCAGUUUUAGUUUUUAUCAGAUUGUAUACAUAUAUACUCUGUUUGUAAUAUUAUAAACAACAUGUAUUGCCUUUAAUAACGCUUUUAAAUUGCACAGCUUUAUUACACAGUGUUAAUACAUAUAAAGCAAAAUAUUUAAAAGCCAUAUCUAUUCCUAAUUACUCCAGUGUAUUUAUCAUUCUACUGUAAUGUCCUUUAUAAAAAAAAAAACAAACCUUUUCUAUCUUGUAUAAAAUGUAUUCAUUAUGUAAAAUGUCAUGCUCGACACAUCUGAUGUAUAGCCACUUGCCUUUGACAUUUCGACUUGGCUUUAUUCAGACUAUCAUAAACUGUGAGUUCUAAACAAUAUUGUUUUUAUUUUUUUGUAUAAAAUUAAGAAUCAUGAUAAUAAAUGCUAUUAAUACAGA